AAGAGGAAUACGUUUUCGAACCAAUUCAAUAUAGUUGUGCUCUCGUCAGUUCAAUCAUUUUGAAUUUUCAGCAAUCCCAGAUUCCUAUAAGAAUGGCCACCGCCUGGAGUAAAUCUCUUCGUAUCACAGCAUUCACCAGAUUUCCGAGUCGGAUCACGUACAGCAAAAUCAAAUGGCUGUUUCGAUGGUGACGCGUGCCACAGCGGCUGUGAAAGUGGCGGCGAUUUGUGGAUCGCUUCGGAAAGGAUCGUACAACAGAGGGCUCAUUCGGUCUGCGAUCGAGUUAAGCAAGGAAGCCAUUGAAGGCGUUGAAAUCGAAGAAGUUGAGAUUGCUUCUCUGCCGAUGCUCAACACCGAUCUUGAAAAACAGGGGACAUUCCCCGCCGAAGUCGAAGCUUUCCGCCGGAAAAUUCUCAAAGCCGAUAGCGUUCUGUUCGCUUCUCCGGAGUAUAAUUUCACUGUCACAGCACCUUUGAAGAACGCAAUAGACUGGGCAUCAAGGUCACCCAAUAUGUGGGGAGGUAAAGCAGCGGCCAUUGUAAGUGCAGGAGGGCAGCUCGGAGGAGCAACAGCACAGUAUCAUCUUCGCCAAAUAGGAAUAUGCAUUGAUCUUCACUUCAUCAACAAGCCUUUCUUCUUCCUCAAUGCCUUUCAGCCUCCUCCCAAGUUCAAUUCUGAGAAUGGGGACUUAAUUGAUGAGGAUGCCAAGCUCAGAUUGAAAGAUAUCCUUCUCUCCUUGAAAUCUUUCUCCCUCCAACUUCAUCAAAACAAGUGAUGAAUUCGA